UCCGGUCAGCGAGGCCUCUUCCUCCGCGGGGUUGCCGGGUCUCCUACCGCUGGCCCUCGGGUCUUCCUGGAGCGUCGCCGAGACCUCAGUGCGUCUCUCCGGAAGCCCGCGCUCGCUCCUCGUCGCUGAGGCUCGCGAGCCGGUAGGGGCUGGGUCUGCCGCGCGCGUCAAGGCCCCCGCAGCUCCGUUGAGGCCGCCGCGCUGCCGGGAUGCCGCGGCCGGGGUCGGCGCCGCGCUGGGCGGCCGCCGCGGGCCGUUGGGGUUGCAGGCUGCUUGCUCUCCUGCUGCUCCUGCCGGGUCCGAGCGGCGGCUCCGAGAUCACCUUCGAGCUGCCGGAUAAUGCCAAGCAGUGCUUUUACGAGGACAUCACUCAGGGCACCAAGUGCACCCUGGAGUUCCAGGUGAUUACUGGUGGUCACUAUGAUGUCGAUUGUCGAUUGGAAGACCCUGAUGGUAAAGUGUUAUACAAGGAGAUGAAGAAACAGUAUGAUAGUUUCACCUUCACAGCCUCCAAAAAUGGGACGUACAAAUUUUGCUUCAGCAAUGAGUUUUCUACUUUCACACACAAAACAGUGUAUUUCGAUUUCCAAGUUGGAGAAGACCCACCUUUGUUUCCCAGUGAGAACCGAGUCAGUGCUCUUACCCAGAUGGAAUCUGCCUGCGUUUCCAUUCAUGAAGCUCUCAAGUCCGUCAUUGACUAUCAGACACAUUUCCGGCUACGGGAAGCUCAAGGCCGGAGCCGAGCAGAGGAUCUGAAUACAAGAGUGGCCUAUUGGUCGGUGGGAGAAGCCCUCAUCCUUCUGGUGGUUAGCAUAGGGCAGGUGUUUCUUCUGAAGAGUUUCUUCUCAGAUAAGAGAACCACCACAACUCGUGUUGGAUCGUAACUACACUUUGAGAUGCACCAUUGCCACCAUAAUAUUACUAUCCUCAGUUUUAGGUACUGAAGAACUUAACAUUGGCAACAUUCUCAGACCCUACUCAUAAUUGUUGGGAAAGAAGUACAGUGCAUAUCCCCAUGGGGAGAGGACACCUUUUUUAUUUGUAAAGGUGGAAAAUUUUGGACUUUAAUGCAGCUGUUCAUAUGAAAUAUAUAACACCAAUGAUCUACUUUUUCUUUGUUUAUAUCUACUCUUCAUACACUAAACUUUGGUAUUCUGAUUCCUUUUAACCAUUUAAAAGUACUCUUCAUAAUAGGUAGUUGAUACUUUAAAAAAAAAUCUUAGGUUUAUUGUCUGUGUGUAUUACAGAGGAAGAAAACUGCCUUUUAAUUGUUUAUAGUGAAUAAAGUUGUGUUUUUAAGAAAACCAAAUGUGAUUAACUGUAGCCAAGCCCUAUUCUGCACUGCUUAAUUUUACGGGGGAAACUAAUCUACCAUAGAACUUUUAGUUAAUAGUGAUACAAUUUUCAUUGCUAUAUCAUGAUAUAAUUUAUUUCUUGCUAGUUUGAAAAAUGUACAGGUUUUUUUUUUCCCAUUCUAUGAUUUAUAACUAGCUAUGUUAUCUGUUUAGAAAUGUUACCACCACAUAGACAAUAGUAUAAUAGACUUAAAAACCAGACUGUUGUAACUGUUAGGAACAAGAAUAAUAUGAGACGCUACGGUAUGGUAAGUGAAAUAGAAACAUUUUUAGUGGUUGUCUGUCAUUGCAUUCCCAGGGCUUUUAUAAAGAAGAGAGGACCUGAGUUGUGUGAGCAUUCUGGUGAACUAGUUCUUGGUCAAGUCUUUGCCAGUAUAGGUCAGCAGUUGUGAGCUCAUGUCACAUAAGUGCCAUAUGUCUUAUCCUCACGGUGUGACGCACUGAGAAGUUAAUUUUUAUCUCUCUUCAUUUUGUCUUGUUUCUGGAGUCUCUAAUUAGCAGCUCUACAAUUAAACAUUUAGAAUGCUGUGAGUGUUUGCUAUUUAAAGAUGUUUAGGAUUGGUUUGUACUGUUUAUGUCUGUACCUUGUGUGGAUUAAGCUGAUUGAAAUGAGAUUUUGAUCCAAGUAUUCAGAAUACAUAAUGAUGGGAAAUUGUAUAGGUAAGAAGGCUUUUUUGCUUUUUUAAAAAUUAAAAAACCUAGCAGUUACUUUUCAGCCAUGCUUUUCUUCCACAGGUAACGGGAGCUAAAUGAGUCUGCUGUUGUAGAGACUUUAACAUACGACACCACAGGAUAAUGACUGACUAGCAGUUCUAGUCACUUAACCAUUACUGACUAGACGUUAACUAAGCCAUCUUAAAAUGUGCCCAAGUGCAGGCACGCACACAUUCUGCAUGAAAGAGCAAAAUGAAUUCAAGUUGUCUUGCUCACUAAUUUCAGAUGUCUCAGUGUAGGAAUAAACAUGUUUUCAACCUUUUAGGAUUCAUGAAGACCAGAUCAUGGCUCCUUAGACAUUUACAGAGUAAGAAGAGAGAAGUUUAAGAUUUUGCAAACUUACGCGUUUGAGUUCUUGUAUUGAAGUCCUAUGGCUUUUGUAAAUGUUCCAUCUACUUAGUCGUGAAUGUUUUAAGCACCAAUGUUAAUGUGAUUGCUAAGCACAGGCGCAUGUAAAAUUCCAUGUCUGCUUGCCAGUGGACUCUGGACACUUACACUGUAAUUAAAUGGAGUCAGGUAUAGAUUUUGCUAGGUUUGGCAUACAUGAUGCCCGCAUUUAAUCUGUGCCUCUCAAAACGUCCUGAUAGUAAACUAUUAAUAUAAAUCAUUUUUAAUGAGAUUAUUGAGUCAGACUUGAAAUCACCAGUUACCCAGUGUCAGAAAUAGUAUGAAUUUAGUUUCAUCUCUCGGUAGCUGGCUAAAUUUUGACAGCUGUCUGUUCAACUGGUAUGAUUAUAUAAGAAAAUAGAUACCCACACAUAAAUGCUAUAUGAUGUUUUUCUUCCUCCUAUGACAUAACUCAUAGCUUGUCUUUUUUUCUGUAAUUCUUCCAUAAGUUGUUUCAGGAGUUUGAAUUUCCCAAAUAUUUUUGUUUGGUCAUGACUCAGUACAUAUUUGAAUAUCAUAAUUGUAUAUAUUUUUAAAGUAGAAUAAAUAAUGGAAAGCAACUUAAUACAUGAGUUUAUACUGAAGUUUCAACUGAGUAAAGAUAUGUUUUACAAUAUUGCUUUGCUAAUAAUCUAAACAGUCUUUUAAAAAACAGUUUGUGGCAUACAACUUUUCCUCUGAGCAUAAUAAUCACCUUUGAAAAUACAGUGGACUGAAAAGCAAUUUCUUGAAAGGUUUCAUUUAUAUCUCUGAACUAUUCAUUUUUUUGUUUCAAUUUCUAAAUGUAAGAUUUAUGUUUAAAUAGGAUAAAGCUGACUGUUCACUUUUGUUUUCAAAAAUUAGACAAAUUAAUAUAUAAAUUCAAAGGUUUUUUGUUUACUUUGAAAAAGAAUUUUCUCUGAAUUAAAGAUGGUUCCACAGGAUUACACCAAUCAGUUCCAUGUAAAAUAAAAAGGAAAAAAAAAAUUCAGCAAA